AAGGUUCCCACCUGCCAAGGAAGAUAAUUGCACACUGAACGGUAUGUAAUUUUAACUCAUUACAUUCACUCCACAUGUCCAUACCACCUGCACAAUAUUGCUAGCCAGAUAUUUGUAAAUACGUCUUUUAGAAUUUGUUGAAAGAAAUUUCUUCAUAUGUAAAUACGGUCUCGAAUACGGUUUACCUCGAUGUAUUAUUGAUCGAAGAAGAAGAGCUUUGAUCAUAAAUCGGUCGUGUACGAUAAAAGAAACGGCGAUGACUAUGAGAGACGAAUGACAUUCAAUAAUUCUGUGUACAAGAAUUUUAUUUUUAUUUUAUUGACUUAUUUAUAAAUGUGAUUAUAAUUUGUUGGCCACAAGAGCUAUUUGGCGCUGAUUAGAAUUUAAUGGAAAUGCUUCGUUCAUCCGUAUAUUAUUUGUGGUUUUAUUUCAUCUUAUUGAUAAUUUGCAAGAGUGGCCACUGUGAGAGAACGUUGAUUAAUUAUUUGGCCAAAGGCAGAAAUAAAUCUGUUCCAAUUUCAGCUCUGACUGUGUCCGAUUCGUCUUGUCCUUCUCGAGGUAAUAAUUGCUCGUUUUGCCUUAGUGAUGGUAAUUGUGGAUUUUGUGAUACAUGUAAGGAUAUAUGUCAUCACCCUGAGGCUGCCGGCAGUCCAAAUUGUUCGAACUGUGCUAGAUGUAUCCCAGGAGCACUUGAUGGACCAAAGAAAGGACAUGAAUGUAGAGUGGAAUGGUAAGUGACACUUAGGGGGGCCUUGUUUUCUAGUAACACAAUCAUUUGCACAGGUUUUCUAGUAACACAAUCAUCCCUUGAUGCUCUUGGAGAAAAUGUCUGUAAUAAAAUAUGUUUAAAUAAAAAAAGAGUACACCUGCCCCUCCCCCCCCCCCUAAAUAUGUUGCUCCUCCUCAGAACUUUUCCAACCUCACCUAGAGAAACUUGUACCCUCGCCCACCCCCAGAAAUUUAAAUGCUCAUUGGAUUAAAUAAAUAGUGCUGUGAUUGAAACAAGGAUUUUGAACUAAAUAAGCUAGACCACCGGCUUCAACCAUGCUUCCAGGCCCCUUCUGCAGCUUGCUCGGUGGUGCUACAUGCUCCCUCACUCACCUCCCACUCUGAAUUUUUGGCACCCCCAGAACAAAAUCUGAAAGACUGUAUAUGUCCAAAAGUGAAGGGGUUGCGGAAAAUAUGACAUUGCACCUUGCACAACCUAGAAUGUGCUGUGCUGAAAAUAUUGCUACACGAUAAGACCAGAUGAAUUUGCACAAGGGAUAAAAGGAUCGCACAUUAGAGGGGUUUGGGGGGGGGGGGUUAACCCCGAAAUCACAAAGUAGAAAAUUACAAAAGGUUGGUCCCAGUUUUCUUUGAGACUGUAUCAAAAGUCGGUACCAAUUUUCUGGUAUAAGAGUUAUUUAAUCCACAUAAAUUUGUGUUGUGGAAAACAAGGAAGUCAAUGUUGAAUGUGCACCACUGGAUAGCCUAAAGUGCAGUGUUGUUUAGAUUAUCAUAAGAUACUGUUUAUUAGUACAGAAAGCCACACCCGCAAACCUCCACCUACAUAAAGAAUAUUGCCAUGUUGCAUAUUGAGUGAUCCUUACUUGACCAUACAUUUGUGAAUUUUAGUCUUGUGGAAAGAUUAUCUCCCGUCCAAUUUAUGUACAUAUCAUUACUGAUUGCAUGAUCCCAGUUGACAAAUAUAUGCAUAUUAAAUUUGAAAUAAUAUUGCACACUAAUAAGAACUCAAUCUGACCUGGCAGGAAUCAUCUUCAUUUUAUAAAUCGGGUACUAAAUAUUUAAAUAUAUUGUUAUUUAUAAUUAUACAAUAAUUAUAGCUUAUAUUAUAUACUUAUAUCGCUCCUUAAUUCAUACACCUCUCUAAUAAUAUGGACAUCUCUCUAAUAAUAUCGACACCUCUCUAAUAAUAUGGACACCUCUCUAAUACACAGAUGGACAAUCUCUCUGAUACGGACACCUCUCUAAUACAGACACCUCUCUGAUAUAGACACCAGUCUCUACUAUGGAAAUGUCUCUAAUAUGGACAUCUCUCUAACACACUUACACACAGCUAACUCUCUAAUACUGACACCUCUCUGAUAUGGACAAGGCUGCCUAGAGGUUGCGCAGGGCCUGGGGAAAAACUUGCCCAUGGUGGCCCAAUGAUGAAUAAUUGUAAAACGGGAGAAGCGGCAUAUACAUUGCACUAUAUUGCAUAUUGUCUGGCACUAAUGCAGCUAGGAUUGAUCUUCUCAAUUAAGCCAUUCUCGUACCCAGAGCCCUUCUUACGCGUGGUGCGAUUGGCUAGUUCUAACACCGGACAUUGUUUUCUUACCAUGUUUUUGUGGUAUCCGGUUAUGGAUUUGACCAGAGCCCCUUGUCGCACCGCACAUAAGAAGGGCUCUGGGUACGAGAAUGCAAUUAAGCAAUCUUGGGACCGCUCAUUAUUUAUUGUACAGGGGGGGACUGAGCAGAAACUCUAUAUACAGUUAUAAUAUUUUUUCGUUGCCCCCCUCUUAAGACAAGUAAGACAAUUUUCAAAGCCCCCUCCAACAGGAAAACAAGAACAUAAAUUUUGGAGGCCUCCUCCCCUUUCAAACUGGUAAAUCCCCCCCCCCCUCUUCUUUUGUCUCACUGUAUUUUUCCAAAGCUCCCUUCAGGUUUAAAAAAUUUAAAGCCCCUCCCCCCAGUUUCUCCUCAAUCCCCCCUGUACAAUAAAAAAUGAACAGUUCCUAAGGUGCAUAGUGCAUGGCUAUGUCUGCGCCCACUGCAUCUUAGACAAUGUCAUGUAAAUUUGUGGUAAUUUGAUGUAAUUUAUUUCCAGGUUUUAUUACGAAAAAUGUCCAGAAGUAGUAAAUGAACAGAAGACAGUAUAUGUUGAGAUUGCUCUCUAUCUAAUUAAUAUUCAUUCAGUUGACCUUAAAGCUGGAACUUUUCAUGCAGAUUUUUACCUGUAUUUUAAAGGUAAUGUGUCUUAUUGGGUUGUAUUAACUGUAAUGUCAUUGUGUCAUAAGAAACUUUAUGUGCCAAGUAAUAAAUACUGAUAGGCUGUGAUACAUGAUAUUUAUAGCAGUAAAAUGUUUGAAUUGGGAGAGGUACAAUUGUAUUCCCUUGCACAUUCCAAUAAACUGUGUACUGAUCUAAUAAAUUCAUCCUUGUCCCCAGGCCCAUGCUCACACAGCCUGUGGACGAGGGGUGUAGCACAUCUCCCUUAUAAUUAUCAUGGGACCAGGACCACUCUCAUCAACCAUGUUGUUAGCUACAUAUUCAUGAAUCCCUCGAUAAAGAUGGUUAUUCAUUCAUUCACGUUAGCACUGUAUAGAAUAUUUUUGUCUUGGGAUAGUCCAAUUCGUGAAUAAAAGUGGUCUUGUGUAAAUAAAACGGGAUUUAUUGGAGAACGAGGCAGAUCUCUUCAGCGCUAAUAAUUGGGGGGGUCGUAAUUGAUCCUUAUCAUGUUCAUUUAGUUCCAGAUGGUCAGACAAAAUACACUAAACAGAAAUGUAAAGAUGGUCCAAAAGGAGCUUGUUUUGAGCUAGUCAAUGCUGCUGGUCAGCCCGAGGUAUCGUCCAAAGUAUUGCAGUCGAACCCGUAUUAAUCAGACACCUUUGGGACCUCACUGAUGUGUCCUCUUAGAAGAGGUGUCCGUUUGAUAGGAGUUUGCUACAGUGAACACAGCAUGAGAUAACCCCAAGUAAUAGUAUACUGUAGGAACAAUAGUGAUCAAAGGUGGACGUUUGGUUACGUUUCAACACUGAGAGGGGCUGGUUACGGUGUUCAAGUUUCGAGUUUUUCUUGCAAUUAGUUGAUUAGUUUGUUUAACUAAGAAGAUUAUACACAGUCACGUAUUUGUACAGUGUAGCAAUGCUGUUCCAACAACUUGUCAACAAGAUGUGUUCGCACCGGUUGUUCCCAUCUUGCUGACGAGUUGCUACAAGGUUGUUGAGCCCAACAGACUUGUUACAAGUUGUUCCAACAACUUGUUAUCGUCCUGCAAUUAGCUUUUCUCACAAACGCCAAAAUCCGCUAUUUUUGGGGUACUGUCUGUCCUCGUGAAAGAUUGUGAAAAGCGACUUUUAAGAGUUGUAACUGUAACUGUAAAGUUACCCAUUAUACAAACAACUAUACAAUACUAAAAAGUUGUAUUUCGUGGUGCGAAAUAUUGUUGUUGGUUAAGUAAUACAGUAGCAUUGUUACAACAUGACUUUUUUGUGUUGGUGUUGUGUACUCAGGUGAAUAUGAUAUUUGUGAUGUUACUCUGAGUGUGUAUCCAAACCGGGCAAGCUUGAAAAAUAUGCCUGGCCACGGUGGGAAUCGAACCUGCGACCUUUGGAAUACUAGCCCAAUGCUCUGCCAACUGAGCUACGCGGUCAGACCGGUUCGAGUACAGUAUGUGAUAUUUCGGAACUGAGUCUCGUUCCUUCGACAUCAAUGUAACAUGUUGUUGUCAAGUUGUCAGAUUUUUACAUGUACGUGACUGUGUUCAAGUUAUCAAAGUUGUUUUAAUACUGCGCCCUGAUUCUACUCACCUCUCAGAGAGUUUUGUAAAUUGUCGGAUACAAUUCUAUACGAGGAACAAAUCUGAAGGGAUAGUGGGCACAAUGGUCACACGGUGAAAGGCGAAAAAUUUUGGGGUUCAGGACUGAAUUGGGCGUCAAACCUGUAUUCACACUUAAUUUAUUUCUUUUAGGUCUCCAGUCAUGAAGGGAAAUAUUUUCGCGUCAAGGCAACAUUUAAUUUUGCUGCAGAUUUAAGAGAUUAUCCGUAUGUGUUCAGCUCUGUGCUUAUGACAAAUUUUUCUUUGAUAAGUUUUAGCUAUAUACCAUUUCUAUAUCAUUGUAACCUCAUAUCUUCUAUGUUCGAUAUCACUGUAUGUAAUAAAAUAGUGGACUGAUUUUCCUGACAUGAGAUUAAACAGACUUCACAGUACUAAAAUCGUCUUUCAUUAAAAAUAAAUUUGAAGAUAAAAAUAAAGUUCUCUGUCACACACACGUGACUCUAAACCCGAGCAUGCAAAAAAAUGAAAUAAUCUAAAUCAUUUUUGAAGGUAUGAUAACCAAACAUUACGUAUUGUAAUUCAAGAUAUGGAAAUGGCUGCUAAGGAAUUACGAUGGAAACAUAUGCAAGUAAGCAGAAUUCCGUUUGCGUGGCGACAAGUAUUAAUAAUAAUAGACAAAUUUGACCAAUGACAAUGUUUUUUGCAUCGUUGCUACCCAAUGGACAAUUCCAGCUAUAGACGGUUGCAAAGUUUGGUUGCGAAAUGUUGUAAAAUGCGGAAAAUAUAGCCCUGCAAAAUUCGAACAUUUUGUAUUAAUUUGUAUUAUUUACGCACGGGAAUUUGCACCAUUUGAGUUGAGCCGAAAGUACUGAGCUUUUUAACCUAACCCUGAUCCCAACCCUGACCCGAACUUUUCCGACCAAUCUUCGGUGUGACGUCACUAGUGAGUGCAGAAUAAUUUUACCUCCACAAGAGGGAAGAGCCUGGGAACGAGGUUGAAUAGUUUUCCCUUAAGUACAGGGUAACAGGCCAUCUCCGAAUGACGUUCUAAUUGUCAAGAACAAUAGCGGCAAGUCUGUGGUCAUUCUACCGUAAUUGUGGAUGGAUAGUGGAUACUGUCAUAUACAUGUCUAUUGUUUUUUUUUUGUGGAAAAACCAUCAUUUGACAGUUGACACAUCUCUCGAUUCGUGAUUUCAGAUCUUUACCAAUUGAAAUAUUGCUUGCACUGAAUUACUCUAAUGUCUAAAUUCCACUUUAGUACUAAAUCAAUCUUAGUUAUCUGAUAUUAGACUCAUUAUUUUAGCGGUAUUUUUAUCAUUUACAAGAAAAUAAUUCUAGUCAAGCCGUAUUCAUUACUUCAUGUAGGGAAAUCCUGAUGGUCAAGAUUUCAAGUUUCGCAGUGGUGUGUCUCCAAUGUUAAAUUACACAGGCUGGUUGUUUGAUACGAAUUCCUGGUCUCAGAUGGUUUAUGAAAGGUAACAUUAUAAAGUUAAAAUUAUAUAUUUUUCUUGUCAUUCAUUUAAAAUAGAGUUUAGUUUAGUUUAAUGAAUAUAAGUUAUAACAAUCAACAUGAAUAUGUUCUUGAAAACCGGCUUAUAGAAUUUGCAAAAAAGCAUGUUAACAGUGCUCAAAGCUUUCUAUUAAAUUAAUGUACACAUGUACAUAUUAUAGGUAUAUUUAUAUUCAUAUAUGGUUAAGCUCAUUGUACGGGAUACUCCCAAUGUUUGCUUCGAAACAUACUUUACCAAAAGAUAUAAAAGUUUUCUUUCUUAUAUAGAUACAAUCCUUUCCUUGAUCAAGGAGUUUCCAGAUACGAAUUCUUUUUUCAUAUGAGAAGACAUAAACGAGCAGCGUUUUUUAAAAUAUUUCUUCCUCCACUUUUUAUAGUUUUAGUGGUAAGUUUAUGUUUUUGUGUUUUAUUCCUCUUUCGUGGAUACAAUUUGUGUGCAUAAAUUGUGAAACUCAUUAAUAAUUCUUAAAGAAAACACGAAAGAAAUCAUGAGCGUGAAGGAGUUUGUAUAUCUGAUAGAAAAUCAUGCUGAUUUUCAUAAACUUUAAGUUCAAUUUUCUCACCAAAUAUAAUUUAUUUUAAAUUGUUGAAGAAUACGAAUGGUCUCAUCAAGACAUUUCACAAGCCAUUUACAACAUUCGCGUCUGUGUUGUACCGGAUAAACAAAGUCGAGCCGAAGGCAAGCUCUCGUGUUGUAAAUAUACUUAAACCAUGGUUUUAUUACAUCUCAAAUCUUUGAUUUUCUGAUCUCAAUCAUAGUCGCAUAGAAUGAAUCACGAACCAAUGUUUUAAAAAUUAAAAACUAACCACCACUGGAGAGCUGAAUUCAAACAUAAAAUAUUUAGUUUUUUCAUCUGGGUCUUCAUGGUUCAAUCUUAGUCUGAUCUGAUGUACAGAUAUAUCAAUUUAGCUACAGUUUAAAACAUACCCGUCUAUUUAUAGGUCUGUUUUUCAUUUUCUAUCCCACCAAAAGAUUCUUCAAUGAGAUUAUGGAUUGAUGGGUAAGUGGUUCAUAAACAUUUGUUGUACUGCCUAUUGUUCAAAUCUUCCCCUCGGCUUGCGUUGUCAAACUCUAUUGAGAAAGAGCGGGGGGGGGGGGGCUUGCUUGAAUGGGAAGCCUAUAGGAGGAGGAUACUUUAAUUCUAAAAACUGAAUUACCCUGCACGUUUAAUUCUCUUCCGUAACAACAAAAUAUUUUGAACAAACAUUUGAGACAUAACAUAAGUUGUUCUCACAUUGUAUGUUUGGACAGAACAUCUUUUCUGUGUAGAAAUCAAGUUCAUGAAUUCGAGAUGAAAUAUUGUAGUGUUGUUGUUAUCAUAAACAAAAGAUUAGGGUCUGGUAUAGAUAAGUGGAGUACGACGUCUUCUUCACGCAUCUUUAGGAUGGUAUUAAAUUUGUGCUUCACAUACUUCACAUGUAGGAGGGGGGUUAUGGAGCGGGGGCUUAAGGGGAGAGAAGACAGUUCACAAUGAAUAUAAAUGUAAGUUAGAUAUCUUUUAAUCGCCGUAGAUCAGUAACGUGUAACUUUAAUUUUGUUGAAUUCAUCACUCGGGUCUUUUUCUAUUAUCUAGAUCGCUUUUGAUUUCAGCCGUUAUGUUUCAUGCCACAACUGGGGAACAGACACCAGAUUCACAGGUACAGUGUAAUGCGGCAUGACUCGUUGGAUCUACAAUCCUGGACAAAAGGUUGUGGACAACCCACAGAAUUUGGCCUCGAAAGGCGUUUUCCCUAAAUAAUUAUCC